AUGGAAAAGUCAAGAAUUGGUGUUGUAUUAUUUCUUUUGUACCUGUCUGUCUUCUAUCCUCAAUCUAAGGUUCAAUCAUUCGCCACUUCAUCUGAUGAUGAUUUAAGCUACAUGAAAUUUGUCUAUAAUUCCACUGAUCUGCCAUUAGAAGAAGUGUACGACUACAUUGUAGUUGGAGGGGGUACAGCAGGCUGCCCAUUAGCAGCAACUUUAUCAGAAAAGUACUCGGUGCUCCUGCUAGAAAAGGGCAGUGUUCCAAGUGCAUAUCCAAGUGUUUUCAGUCAAGAUGAGAUUCUUACAACUCUCAUGCUAGAAGACGAUGGAAAGACGCCAGCUGAAAGGUUCACAUCCGAAGAUGGUGUGGCCAAUGUAAGAGGCAGGGUUCUUGGUGGGUCAAGCAUGAUCAACUUUGGUUUCUACUCUAGAGCCGAUAAAGAUUUUUAUGGAAACUCAGGAAUUGAAUGGGACAUGGAUUUGGUUAGAAAGGCCUAUCAAUGGGUUGAAAAUACUAUCAUAUCCCCCCCGAAUGUGUCACGUUGGCAAUCUGUUGUGAAGGAAGGUUUGUUAGAGGCUGGUGUUCGUCCAGACAACGGAUAUAAUUUAAAUCACAUUCCAGGAACUAAGGUCUCGGGUACUUAUUUCGACAAUCAGGGAAGGAGACACGGAGCUGUGGAAUUGCUUAAUCUAGGAAACCCAAAGAACUUGAAAGUUGCAGUUCAUGCCACAGUAGAGAGAAUCAUAUUCUCUUCCAACGCACCAAGUUUGUCUGCUAGAGGAAUCGUGUAUAGUGAUUCUAAAGGGAGGUCACAUAAGGCCUUCAUACGUGGUAAGGGAGAGGUUAUAUUGAGUGCCGGGGCAAUUGGAAGCACUCAACUCCUGCUACUUAGUGGUGUUGGCCCAGAGUCCUACCUUUCAUCUAUCAAAAUCCCAGUUGUUCACCCCGAGCCUUACAUUGGACAGUUUAUGAGUGAUAAUCCUCGUAAUUACAUCACAAUUUUGCCUCCAUUUCAACUGGAGUCCUCUAGUGUACAGAUCGUUGGCAUCACAAGCGAUUUCUUCAUAGAGACUUUCUCUGGGUUGCCAUUUUCUACUCCACCCUUUAGUAUUUUUCCUGAUCCUUCUUUCUCCGCAAAGAUAAAUUCAACUUACGGGCAAAUUAUCUACAAAGAUCCAGGACCCUUGUCCUAUGGUUCGCUUAGGCUGCGGUCGUCCUAUGAUGUCAAAGUUGGUCCAAAUGUCCGCUUCAACUACUUCUCAAAUCCGCUGGAUCUUGCUCGUUGUGUUAAUGCCACAAGGAAGAUUGGUGAUUUAUUAAGCACAAAUUCGUUGAAACCAUUUAAGGCUCAAGAUUUGCCGGGUAAAGAUGGUUUCAACUUUUUCGGACCACCAUUACCAAUGAACCUUACAGAUACCGCAUCCGUGGAAACAUUUUGUCGAGACACAGUAGCCACAUUUUGGCACUACCAUGGGGGAUGCCUUGUGGGAAAGGUGGUUGAUGGGGAUUUACGUGUCAAGGGGAUCAAUGCCUUACGUGUUGUUGAUGGAUCCACAUUCAAGUUCUCACCAGGGACCAAUCCUUCGGCCACCGUUAUGAUGUUAGGAAGGUAUAUUGGCGUUAAGAUGCUGAAAGAAAGAUAA